AUGGGAAGCAAGGAGCUAGUGACGACACAGCUGGUGAAGUUUCAUCCUGUAACCAGAGUCGAGCAGCAGCAAACAUUGGUUGGAAACAAGAAUAUGUCGCGUGACGCAUCAUCAACUUCUGAUUUUGCAUCGAUGGCGGAAGCCACCGCUGCACAGGACGUUGUUACCCACGGCGCUGACUUUGGUUCGCGCAACGGAACCGCUGACGGAAAUGGGAGUGGCAGUCCAGCACCUCCGCCACCAGGCCCACCAGAAGGUUUCGCAGCAGGUGGUCCUCCGCAGGCGUAUUGGAUGUAUGGUCCUCCCCCGGGUGGCCCACCAUAUCCAUACCCACCACCGCCACAAACUCAAGCCAGUUCUACUUCGAAUGGGCAAAGCCAGCCACAACCGCAAUGGAUGCCUAUGCCAUACGGAUACCCCAGUCGUCCUGACCAGCCCUUGCCCCCACCUCAGCCCGGUUACUUACCAUACGGCAUUCCCAUUCCCGGCUAUCCCCAUGCACCACCCCAACCACCUUCUUCAGCGCCUGUCCAAAGCGGCGCAAUCACCCUGACAGACGAUGCAGACACGAAACUUUCUCAUCAAGUCAAGAGACGAUGCUUCAACUGCGUAACAACAGACACGAGUACUUGGCGACGGUCCCAGAUUAACCCAGGCAAAGUGCUUUGCAACAAAUGCGGUCUCUUUGAGCGGACACAUAGUCGCAGUCGACCUAUGGAAUUCCCACAUAAAAGAGUUUCGAGGGCUUCGCCGUAUCCUGCUCCUGGGACACAUGGAGGCCCUUCAGGCGAUUCAAUUUCAGCCCCGCCCCCAGUAGCAACCCCACCAGCCCCCAUGCAAUAUGCGUACAUUCCGCCUCCCCCACUUCCAGGCCCACACUCUGCUUCAGCAGAACAACACCGUACAUUCAACGGUCAGCAAUAUUCUGGAGAAAUGUACGCGCCCCCGCCCCCUGCCAACAGUCAGCCAAAUGCAAAUGGGCCUUACGAAUCUAUUUCUGCCAGGCCAGCAACAGGAGCGAAGAGGGGCCGGGGUCGACCAAAAGGCAGCGUUGGAAGGGUCAAAGCUGCUGCUGCGGCUGCUGCCGCGGCCGCCUCCGCUCCGAGUGGAAGUGCGGCGGCGUCGAGAAAAAGCCCACGCAAGGGUGCUGAACCCAAAGACGGGCCUUUGGUUGGCGACGGUGAUCUGGACGGUGAAGGGGAGGAGGCCAGUCUUAGCGAGCCGGACGAUGGCAACGACCGUGACUGGAAUGGGCGGGACUAG